CAAUGUCGUGAAGAUUAAAAGCAAACAACACUCGGCCAGAAGCAAGCAGUCGCCAGCAGAAACGGUCCGUGCCCAGUCGUUGAAAGUAACAGUUACAAGCAGAUCAACAGCAGCAGCCAUAGAAGAACAGUUAUUGUGGCUAAUAGAACGGUUGCUGCCGAGACGCGUUUGCAAAGUACGCACACGCAUACAAACAAAUGUUGCGUACGUGCGUUUGAAGGAGUGUGUGUGUUUGUGACUUACACUGUGUGUGUAGAGGUGCGUGCGUGCUGCAUAUAUGAAUCCAGUGAAAUGCCAAGCUGUUAGACAACGCUUUGGGUCAUUUGUGUCACUUUUGUGAAACGGAAUAGAGACGAAAAUUGCAGUAGAAGUGGCAGUGAAAUAUGAAAAAAUAGCAAAUUAUAUUAAAAAGUAAAAAAAAAAUAAGGAAAAAUAAAAUUUGGUGAAGAAAAGCGGAAAAACUGCCGCCAGUGGUUAUAAAGAGUUUAUAUAGUAUAUGAAAAGUUAGAAAUAUUACAAUUAUACACAUUUGCAAGCGCACGCAAUUGUUAUUGGUGGAAAAAAGUACGUGUUUUCCAUAAAAAGUGUAUAUGAAAUUAUUUGAAAAAAUUAAUACAAUAAAGAACAUAAAUAAAGUGUAAUAAAAGUGUUUGAAGCUGAUUAAUAUAAAGUGAGUGCUGCCACAUUAUUUAAAUACAAAUUGUCAAUAAACAAACUGAAAGUGUAUACGCAAAAUGUCCUUCAGAUUUCUGCAGCCGAGCAGGAGCUGAAGAAAGGUGCCUGCGCCCACGCACAACAGCAAAAAAGGCAUCAGCAACAGCAACAGCAGCAGUGGCUGUCGAGAAAGUCAAGGAAUUCAAAGACAGGUCUACGUCAGCCCCUUGAAAAGCAACAAAUAGAAAGCGGAAAGCAUGGCUCUACUUUUAGGCGCAACAGCUCGCAAAUAAUGUCUGCAAACACAUUGCGUUGGCAAUAAAACCCAACCAAGUCAAUUAAAAGCUAUAUUUAGACCGACAUCCAAAAGGACGUCCCAAAAUAUUGCCUGUUAUAUGAGUUCACCCUUUGAGGCGCGUCGAGCCGAAGCAGCAAAACAAAAUGUUAAUAAAAGAAUACCGCAUACCCUUGCCGUUAACGGUGGAGGAAUAUCGCAUCGCACAGCUGUAUAUGAUAGCGAAAAAAAGUCGUGAGGAGAGUCAUGGUGAGGGCAGCGGUGUUGAAAUUAUCAUUAAUGAACCCUACAAAGACGGUCCCGGCGGCAAUGGACAGUAUACGAAGAAAAUCUAUCAUGUUGGCAGUCAUCUACCCGGUUGGAUAAAAAGUUUAUUGCCGAAGAGCGCUUUGACGGUGGAGGAGGAGGCGUGGAAUGCCUAUCCAUAUACUCGCACGCGCUACACCUGCCCGUUUGUGGAGAAAUUCUCGCUCGAUAUUGAAACUUAUUAUUUUCCGGAUAACGGUUAUCAGGAUAAUGUGUUCAAAUUGAGCGGCAGUGAUUUGCGAAAUCGUAUUGUGGACGUAAUCGAUAUAGUGAAGGAUCAACUAUAUGGCGGUGAUUAUGUAAAGGAGGAGGAUCCUAAGCUCUUUGUAUCUGAUAAGACAGGACGUGGUCCGUUGAGCGAGGAAUGGCUAGAGGAGUAUUGGCGCGAAGUCAAGGGCAAAAAGCAACCCACCGCACGCAAUAUGUCGCUUAUGUGCGCCUACAAAAUUUGCCGCGUGGAAUUUCGUUAUUGGGGUAUGCAAACCAAGUUAGAGAAAUUCAUACACGAUGUGGCAUUGCGAAAAACAAUGCUGCGUGCACAUCGCCAAGCGUGGGCCUGGCAAGAUGAAUGGUACGGCCUGACAAUUGAGGAUAUACGUGAGAUCGAGCGCCAAACACAAUUGGCGCUGGCGAAGAAAAUGGGUGGUGGCGAAGAUAGCGAAAGUGAUGUGGAAGAUGCUGACAGCGUGGCGGACUUGCAUGGCCGACCGAUUACUGGCAGUACGGGCAGUGAGCGUCGAAAGUCUAGUGGCGCGCCACCACCAAUUGUUACCCAAGAGCCGCCAAGCGCUGAAGGGACCUCGGAUGAGGAUGAAGAGGAGGCGGCUCAGGAAGUCAGCGCGCGCUCACGCUCGCAGAGUAUACAAAUGACAAAAUCGAAAUUCGGUUCGAAGGGCGCGCUACACUCACCGGUUGGUUCUGCACAUAGCUUUGAUUUGCAGCCGCAUGCUAAGAAUGUUCUACACAAAAACGUUGCAAAUUGGCGUAUGGAACGACUGGAAGUGGACACCAAGUCCAAUUCUGAUGAAGAGUUCUUUGAUUGUGUUGAUACCAACGAGACCAACUCGCUCGCCAAGUGGAGCUCACUUGAAUUGCUCGGUGAGGGUGACGACAGCCCGCCGCCAAGUAGUGGCAUUGUAUAUAAAGACAGUCAAGAAGACAGUAUUUUCAAUCAAGACUUCCUAAUGCGCGUCGCCUCGGAGCGUGGCAAUAAGCGACAGCUGCGCUCCUCGGCUAGCAUAGAUCGUAGUCAUGACGCAUCGCCGCCAGGUUCGCCAGGCACACCUUCCUGUUCCACCACCAUACUAAUACUUGUAGUGCACGCGGGCAGCGUUUUGGACGCCACCAGCGAGCUGACCGGCAAGAAGUCAGACAUUACCACAUUUCGUGGCGCAUUCGAGGGCGUUAUGCGUCAACAUUAUCCUAGUCUGCUGAGUCAUGUUACCAUCAAAAUGGUACCAUGCCCUUCCAUCUGCACCGAUGCAUUGGGCAUACUUUCUAGUCUUAGUCCAUACUCGUUCGAUGCCUCACCGUCGGCUGUUGAUAUACCAAAUAUAGCUGAUGUACCGAUUGGCGCCAUACCAUUGCUUUCUGUGGCCUCGCCAGAAUUCCAAGAUACCGUUAAUAAGACAGUGACUGCAGCCAAUAUAGUCUAUCAUGAAUUCAUCAAGUCUGAGGAGGGUCACGGUUUCGCCGGUCAAGUGGUAAUGCUGGGUGAUUCGAUGGGUUCGCUGUUGGCGUAUGAGGCGCUUUGCCGCAGCAAUGGUUCGGAUGGUGGUGGUAGCCGCUCAUCGCGUACCGAUGACGAUGAACGUUUCAACGAUUCCGAUUUGGAUGCCAAGCGGCUGCUGGUUGCACCUUCACCGCGACGUCGUCGCUCCUCUUCGAGCGAUUCGCGUGGCAACAAAUUGGAUUUCGAAGUUGGUGAUUUCUUUAUGUUCGGUUCACCGCUCUCCAUUGUAUUGGCCGCGCGUAAGCUGCAUGAUGCCAAGGCAGCACUGGCACGGCCGAACUGUAAUCAAGUGUACAAUCUAUUCCAUCCUACCGAUCCGAUUGCUUCCCGUUUGGAACCAUUGCUCAGCGCUAGGUUUUCCAUGUUGGCGCCAGUGAAUGUGCCGCGUUAUGCCAAGUAUCCCCUGGGAAAUGGGCAGCCGUACCAUUUAUUGGAGGUCAUCCAAUCCCAUCCACAACAUUUCAGUGAAGCCAAUAAUAUUUUGGGCAAUAGACGUCUGUCGGAUGCCUCAAUGCAAAGUACUAUUUCUGGUCUCAUUGAAAAUGUAUCGCUAAGUACAAUCCACUCACUUCAAAUGAAAUGGUGGGGAACAAAACGUUUAGACUACGCCUUGUAUUGCCCAGAAGGUUUGAGUAAUUUCCCCGCUCAUGCCUUGCCACAUCUAUUUCACGCGAGUUAUUGGGAGAGCGCAGAUGUAAUUGCGUUCGUUUUACGUCAGAUUGGUAAAUUUGAUGGCAUUCCAUUUGUCGGCUCUGCAGACGACAAAGACACAGUCACCUUCCAUCCCAGUCAGCCACGAGAGAAAUGGAUGAAGAAACGCACUUCGGUCAAACUGAAAAAUGUAGCGGCCAAUCAUCGUGCUAACGAUGUUAUUGUAUUGGAGGGACGCGAACAACGUCUCAAUGCACGUUUCAUGUAUGGACCGCUGGAUAUGAUCACACUGCAUGGCGAAAAAGUCGAUAUUCAUUUAAUGAAAGAUCCACCAGCCGGCGAAUGGACAUUCCUUGCCACCGAGUUGACCGAUAAGAAUGGUCGCAUCUCAUAUACCAUACCCGAACAAGUAUCGCUAGGCUAUGGCAUAUAUCCGGUGAAAAUGAUCGUACGUGGCGAUCAUACAUCGGUGGACUGUUAUGUCGCCAUAGUGCCACCAAUGACCGAAUGUGUGGUCUUUAGUAUUGAUGGUUCCUUUACGGCGUCCAUGUCGGUGACGGGGCGUGAUCCGAAGGUACGCGCUGGCGCGGUUGAUGUCUGUCGUCAUUGGCAAGAGUUGGGCUAUUUGUUGAUCUACAUUACGGGCCGCCCAGACAUGCAACAACAACGUGUAGUAUCCUGGUUGAGCCAGCAUAAUUUCCCGCAUGGUCUGAUCUCCUUCGCCGACGGUUUACUCACCGAUCCGCUGGGUCACAAGACAACUUACUUGAAUAAUUUAGUGCAAAAUCACGGAAUCUCAAUUGUGGCUGCGUACGGUAGCAGCAAAGACAUAACAGUGUAUGCGAAUGUGGGCUUGCGUUCCGAGCAGAUUUUCAUUGUGGGCAAAGUUAGCAAAAAAUUGCAAUCGAAUGCCACGGUCUUGAGCGAUGGUUACGCAGCUCAUUUAGCCGGUCUGCAAGUGGUGGGCGGCUCGCGUCCCGCCAAAGGUAAUGCACGCAUGGUAAUUCCACGCGGUUGCUUCAAUUUGCCCGGACAGGCCUCAAAUCCACGGCGUAGAAGCAACGAAACCGGACUAUCGUCACCCAUACGCAGUGGCUACCUUAAGCGGAAAACCUAUUUGAAUCUACACUAAAAGAAAGCAUGAAAGCAAAAAAACGAAAAAAGAAUAAAGCGAGCUUCAAAAGACUUCCAAUAUUGCGCAUGUACAAGGCGAAAUUGUAUACUAAAAUAACUGAAAUUGCAUAGAAUAACGUCCAACAUUCCUGGCUGCCAAGUGAAAGCAAAAGAAAACAAUAACGACAAGAGAAGAAAUGAAAUGUUAGAAAACUCGCGCGCUCGCGCUUUCCUACAAGGACGCCUCUAUAUUUCCGCCCGCACUCAUGUCAUACGUCUAACCAGAAACGCUUUAGCGGCAUUUAGCUUAGACAUAAUGAAACUAGUACGAGUAUUUCCUCCCCUCCACAAACGCGAAGAGCAUAGAGCUUAGGCUUAGUCAACGCUCCAGUUUAGUGCUCAUUUAGUACUCACCACUAUACAUGCCUACAAUUAUCUAUGGAGAGCAAAAGGAUGUAAAAGAAUCAUCAGCAAAAAUAAAAUAAAGCUUAACUAUCUACUAUUCAUACCUAUACAACUACAACAUACAUAUAUACAAAUAUAUAUACUAAUAUAUGUACCAAAAAUAUAGUAUAUAUAUGAAAAGAAAGGCAUCACUUAGUGUGCAGAAGUUUAGAGUUAAAUUGUGAUGAAGCGUAAGGGAAUACAGCACUGUACACUAACCCACCCACUCAUUUGCGAUUAGUUAGUAGAGCAUUGCUACUAGAACUAAAAGCGUAACGAAUGCAAAUAAUGCAAAGAAAUGUUUAGAAAAUAUUUAGGAAAUCACGCCUAAUGUGUCACGAGAAAAUGCAUUGAAAGACUACUUUGUAUUUGCAUCUUAUAGGUACCUGGCUAGAAAGACUGUUUCCUCCUGUUGUAUGAUGGUGUUUCAAUCUACCUAAAUAAUAAAUGUAUGUAUGUUAAAUGGAUUUAAGCAAACAACAAAAUAAAUAAAAUUUUGAACAAAUUAUUCAAGCA